AUGGCAACUCCACCUCCAAUUUCCUCUACACCACCAUUCAAACAAAGACCAUCAAAGUAUCAAUACCAAAGUGGUUUCGGUAACUCUUUCGAGUCUGAAGCGGUCAAGGGUAGUUUACCAUACGGACAGAACACUCCACAAAGGGUUGCAAACGGUCUGUACGCCGAGCAACUCUCUGGUAAUGCAUUCACUGUACCAAGAGCACAACAACAAAGAUCAUGGUUAUACAGAAUUCGUCCAGGAGUUUGUCAUACACCAUUGGUUCCAUUCGAGAAACCAACACUCCUUGACUCUGCUUGCUCCAUUGUCAAUCCAAAUCAACUCCGUUGGAAGCCAUUCCCAAUUCCAGAGAAGAAGCACGAUUUCGUCGAAGGUUUAAUUACUAUCGCCGGUGCUGGACACGCAUCGGUCCGUCACGGAAUUGCCAUCCACAUCUACACUGCCAACGAAAACAUGGUAAACAAAUCAUUCUACAAUUCCGAUGGUGACUUUUUAAUUGUACCACAACAAGGAACAUUAGAUAUUCAAACUGAAUUUGGAUUUUUAGAGGUACACUCUGGAGAGAUCUGUGUCAUUCAAAGAGGUGUAACAUUCUCUGUCAACGUUCCUGAUGGUCCAUCUCGUGGAUAUAUUUGUGAGGUUUUCGGUGCACAUUUCCGUCUUCCGGAUCUCGGACCAAUCGGUUCCAACGGUUUGGCCAAUCCAAGAGACUUUUUAUCGCCAGUAGCCGCCUUUGAGGAUGUACAAGUACAACAUGUAAAAAUUAACAAAUUCCUUGGUAAGCUCUUCACCGCAACCCAAGAUCACUCACCAUUCAACGUUGUUGCAUGGCAUGGAAACUACUGUCCAUAUAAAUACGAUUUGAAUUUAUUCUGUGCUGUCAAUUCAGUUACUUUUGAUCAUUUGGAUCCAUCUAUCUUUACAGUAUUGACUGCACCAACUAACGAACCAGGUGUAGCAGCUGCCGAUUUUGUUAUUUUCCCACCAAGAUGGUUGGUUCAAGAGAAUACCUUCAGACCACCAUACUAUCACCGUAACUGCAUGAGUGAGUUUAUGGGUUUGAUUCGUGGUGUCUACGAAGCCAAGAAGGAAGGUUUCCUUCCAGGUGGAGGUAGUCUUCAUUCAUGUAUGACUCCACACGGUCCAGAUGCAGAUACUUUCAAUGGUGCUAUUGGUGCUGAAUUGAAACCAACAAAGAUUCCAGAUGUUGCAUUGGCAUUCAUGUUUGAGUCAUCAUUGAUUCUUGGUAUUUCCGACUAUGCCAAUAAGAACUUCAUCGAUGAUGACUAUUGGAAGUGCUGGCAAAACAUCGCCAACAACUUUAAGAAUCAUCAACAACAAUAA